CAUUGACAAUGUUGUGACUUGAUAUACAAUCUAUAGUCGUUUAACAUCUCAUGAAAACGGUUUUAUUUUAUAUAUUGCGUUUUUCAGAGUAUUAAGUGGUUGUAUUUUAACACUAAAAUCCCUGUUCAUAUGUGCCACGCAAACCAAUGCGCACAGCGUCGCUGUUCUCCAUCAAAACGACUCCUCUGCGUUUAUCUUUCAUUACAGCCAAUGCUGGUGACGUAUCUGCUUUGUUGGCAGAAAGCUUUAUGCUCUCUUCUUUCAUGAACACCGAGAAACGGCUUGCUCUCCUUCCUGAUCAUCAAAAUGUUACAUUUGUAACCACAUGCUAUUUGUUUUACAUUUUACUGGAAUAUAACUCGAAAAAAUGGAAUCUCGAAAGAAAAGCAAGGCACUGAAAAGGUACGUGUUCAUCAUCUUUGUAAUCUCUCUGCUGAAUGCAGCAUCUUCUGUUACUCAUUAUUCUAUACCUGAAGAAUUGGAUGAGGGAUCUAUAGUGGCUAAUUUGGCAACGGAUCUGGGAUUAGAUGUUGGAACAUUGAGCAGACGUAAGAUUCGUCUGGACACUCUCGCAAAUAAAAAAUAUCUGGAUAUAAACAAAGAAACGGGAGAGCUGUUCAUUGUGGAGAGAAUCGACCGCGAGUACAUCUGCAACACUAAAGCAGCAGCGACGUGUGUUCUUAAACUGGAUGCCACGAUCGAAAACCCUGUGCGAAUGUUUAAUAUUGAGUUAGAAAUUGUUGAUAUUAACGACAAUGCUCCACAUUUUAGAAGGGACACAAUGCAUUUAGACAUUUCAGAGUCAACGCAUGUGGGAGAACGGUUCUCUUUGAACAAUGCGGUGGAUCCUGAUAUCGGCGUUAAUUCAAUUAAAACAUACUAUCUCAGUGAAAGCGAUCAUUUUUCGAUCGAGAUUCAGACCGGACGGGAUGGAUCGAAAUUCACUGAUUUGAUUCUUAAAAAAGCUUUAGACAGAGAAGAACAAGCGUCACAUAAUCUGAUCCUCACUGCUGUGGAUGGAGGAGUCCCCGCGCGCUCUGGCACGGCUAGCAUUAUUGUGCGCGUUCUGGACACGAAUGACAACGCCCCUCAAUUCGAUAAAGACAGUUAUACUAUAAAUCUAACAGAAAACUCUCCUAUUGGAAGCCUUGUAGUGAAAUUAAACGCCACAGAUAAAGACGAGGGCUCAAAUUCAGAUUUACUUUACUCUUAUAGUUUGUACACAUCAGAGAAAACGCAGCAGACAUUCAGUCUGAAUCCUAACAAUGGUGAAAUCAGAGUGAAAGAAAUGAUUAAUUAUGAGGAUUUCAGGAUCUAUGAUAUGGAAAUUAUAGCAACAGAUAAAGGAACUAAUAGUCUUUCUGGAAAGUGUAAAGUAAAGAUAUUAAUCACAGAUAUGAAUGACAAUCAUCCUGAAAUUUCCAUAAAAUCUUUCUCAAGUCCAGUUAAAGAAGAUGUAGCUGUAAAUACAGUAAUUGCAGUUGUUAGUGUGAGUGAUAAAGACUCAGGAGAAAAUGGACAGAUAGAUAUUCAUAUUUCUGAUGAUUUACCUUUUGCGCUCAAAGAAUCAUCUGAUAAUUAUUAUGAAUUAUUAGUUUCAGAACCGUUAGACCGUGAAAGGGUUCCAGAAUAUGACAUCACUAUUACCGUGACUGACAGGGGCAACCCGCCGUUAUCUGAUAAUGAAACUAUAACUUUAGAGCUUCUGGACGUUAAUGACAAUGUUCCUCAGUUCCCACAGACAUUCUACACGAUACCUGUUAUGGAGAAUAACGCGCCUGGAGCUUCACUGAGCUCUUUAACUGCUAUAGAUCCAGAUCUCCACGAAAAUCAGUAUCUAGUUUAUUUCAUAAUAGAGAAGGAAAUAGCGAACACCUCCAUGUCCAUGCUGUUCUCCAUUAACCCAGAGAACGGCAAUCUUUACGCGCUAAAGACGUUUGACUAUGAGAUAGAGAAGGAGUUUCUUUUCCACAUCGAGGCCAGAGACUCUGGUGUUCCUCCGCUCAGCAGUAACGUGACCGUUCACAUUAUUAUCAUGGAUCAGAACGACAACACACCGCUUAUAGUGUCUCCGUGGCGCGCGCACGGCUCCGAGGUGAAGGAAAAGAUCCCGAGAUCCACCGAUAAAGGAACUCUGGUAGCCAAAGUCAUCGCCAUAGACUCUGAUUCAGUGCACAACUCUCGAAUCACGUACCAGUUCCUCCAGAACACGGACGCCACAUUAUUCAGCUUGGAUCAAUACAACGGAGAGAUCCGGACCAUGAGAAUGUUCAGUUACAGAGACUCGCGAGACCAGCGGCUGGUGGUGAUCGCCAAGGACAACGGAGAGCCCGCGCUCUCUGCUACAGUCACCAUCAAACUGUCCACGGUGGAGACCGCCCUUAAAACCUACACUGAGGUGCCUCUGGAAUAUGACAUCUUCUCCGAUUUGAACCUGUAUCUGGUGAUCGGACUGGGCUCUGUGUCAUUUCUUUUACUCAUCACUAUACUGGUCACCAUCGUGCUGAAGUGUCAGAAAGCGAAGCCCAGCAAAGCGGCUCCUCCGUGCAGGAACAGUGUGAUCAGCGAGAGGAACUCGACCAUCGCGGAUUCCACUCUGGUCUCCAACGAUGCCUACUGGUACAGUUUAUUUCUAGCAGAGACGAGGAAAGGGAAGCUGGUGGUCAGACAGCCUGUGCCGAAGGGAGCGAGAUACAUCGUGUCCAGUAUACCGAGGAGCACAGGACUGACCGAGACCAGCGACUCUGCUGCAUCUACUCUACAGGUAAGAUCACUUUUUUUUAAGCUUAUACGAGACACAAUCAAUUUAGAUAUCACUGAAUCUACGCCAGCAGGUGAGAGAUUUUCUGUCAGUAAUGCGGUGGAUUCUGAUGUCGGUUCCAACUCGGUUAAAACGUAUUAUCUAAGCAAAAACGAGCACUUUGAUAUUGAAAUUCAGUCAGGGAGGGACGGUUCCAAAUUUGCAGACUUAAUUUUAAAAAAGGCUCUAGAUCGUGAAACCCAAGCUGUUCAUAAUCUGAUACUGACCGCAGUGGAUGGAGGAGUCCCUCCGCGUUCAGGCACUGCCAGUAUCAUCGUUCGUGUGCUGGAUGCAAAUGACAACGCCCCUAAAUUUGAUCAAGAGAGCUACACCAUCAAUUUAACUGAAAACUCACCCAUAGGCAGCCUGGUCGUUAAAUUAAAUGCAACAGAUCUAGAUGAGGGUUCUAAUGCCGACCUUGUAUAUUCAUUUAGUCUGUAUACAUCAGAGAAGACACAGAAAGCCUUCGGUUUAAAUCCUGAGAGUGGUGAAAUUAGAGUGAAAGAGAUUGUUAAUUAUGAAGACUUUCGAAUUUAUGAUAUGGAGGUUAUAGCAUCAGAUAAAGGAACACAUCCAUUAUCCGGCCAAUGUAAAUUAUCCAUUAUAAUUACCGACAUGAAUGACAAUCACCCAGAAAUUUCGAUUAAGUCAUUUCAGAGUCAAGUUAAAGAAGAUGUAGCUGUAAAUACAGUAAUUGCAGUUGUUAGUGUGAGUGAUAAAGACUCAGGAGAAAAUGGACAGGUAGAUAUUCAUAUUUCUGAUGAUUUACCUUUUGCGCUCAAAGAAUCGUCUGAAAAUUAUUAUGAAUUAUUAGUUUCAGAACCGUUAGACCGUGAAAGGGUUCCAGAAUAUGACAUCACUAUUACCGUGACUGACAGGGGCAACCCGCCGUUAUCUGAUAAUGAAACUAUAACUUUAGAGCUUCUGGACGUUAAUGACAAUGUUCCUCAGUUCCCACAGACAUUCUACACGAUACCUGUUAUGGAGAAUAACGCGCCUGGAGCUUCACUGAGCUCUCUAACUGCUAUAGAUCCAGAUCUCCACGAAAAUCAGUAUCUAGUUUAUUUCAUAAUAGAGAAGGAAAUAGCGAACACCUCCAUGUCCAUGCUGUUCUCCAUUAACCCAGAGAACGGCAAUCUUUACGCGCUAAAGACGUUUGACUAUGAGAUAGAGAAGGAGUUUCUUUUCCACAUCGAGGCCAGAGACUCUGGUGUUCCUCCGCUCAGCAGUAACGUGACCGUUCACAUUAUUAUCAUGGAUCAGAACGACAACACACCGCUUAUAGUGUCUCCGUGGCGCGCGCACGGCUCGGAGGUGAAGGAAAAGAUCCCGAGAUCCACCGAUAAAGGAACUCUGAUAGCCAAAGUCAUCGCCAUAGACUCUGAUUCAGUGCACAACUCUCGAAUCACGUACCAGUUCCUCCAGAACACGGACGCCACAUUAUUCAGCUUGGAUCAAUACAACGGAGAGAUCCGGACCAUGAGAAUGUUCAGUUACAGAGACUCGCGAGACCAGCGGCUGGUGGUGAUCGCCAAGGACAACGGAGAGCCCGCGCUCUCUGCUACAGUCACCAUCAAACUGUCCACGGUGGAGACCGCCCUUAAAACCUACACUGAGGUGCCUCUGGAAUAUGACAUCUUCUCCGAUUUGAACCUGUAUCUGGUGAUCGGACUGGGCUCUGUGUCAUUUCUUUUACUCAUCACUAUACUGGUCACCAUCGUGCUGAAGUGUCAGAAAGCGAAGCCCAGCAAAGCGGCUCCUCCGUGCAGGAACAGUGUGAUCAGCGAGAGGAACUCGACCAUCGCGGAUUCCACUCUGGUCUCCAACGAUGCCUACUGGUACAGUUUAUUUCUAGCAGAGACGAGGAAAGGGAAGCUGGUGGUCAGACAGCCUGUGCCAAAGGGAGCGAGAUACAUCGUGUCCAGUAUACCGAGGAGCACAGGACUGACCGAGACCAGCGACUCCGCUGCAUCUACUCUACAGAAUACUGCAUCGAGAUCACAAACUAUGGAUUCUAUUGUGAGAGCCCCGAGACGGAUUUUAAGGUACGUUUGGGUGUUUCUUCUUUUCUUCGCAUCCUUUAAGACCGCGUCUACAGUAACUCACUAUUCUAUCCCCGAGGAAAUGGAGGAAGGAUCAGUAGUUGCCAAUCUGGCAGCUGAUCUCGGGCUGGAUGUUAAAACGUUAAAUAGACGGAAGAUGCGUUUGGACACGAUUGCAUCCAAAAAAUAUCUUGACAUUAACAAAGACACCGGAGAGCUGUAUGUCGUGCAGAAGAUAGACAGAGAACAUCUCUGCAAUUCCAAAUCAAUCUGCUUUCUGAAGCUAGAUGCUACGAUAGAAAAUCCAAUUCGAAUGUUUAACAUCGAAAUAGAAAUAACUGAUAUCAAUGAUAACGCGCCACAUUUUAGGAGAGACACAAUGCACUUGGAUAUAUCAGAGUCUACUUCAGCUGGGGAGAGGUUUUCUUUGAACAAUGCGUUCGAUCCAGAUAUCGGAAGCAAUUCCGUAAAUUCGUAUUACUUAAGUGACAGCGCUCAUUUCAACAUCGAAAUACAGACAGGAAGGGAUGGAUCGAAAUUUGCUGAUUUAAUUUUGAAGAAAGCUUUGGACCGUGAGGAGCAAACAGUUCAUAAUCUGAUCCUCACUGCUGUGGAUGGAGGAGUCCCCGCGCGCUCUGGCACGGCUAGCAUUAUUGUGCGCGUUCUGGACACGAAUGACAACGCCCCUCAAUUCGAUAAAGACAGUUAUACUAUAAAUCUAACAGAAAACUCUCCUAUUGGAAGCCUUGUAGUGAAAUUAAACGCCACAGAUAAAGACGAGGGCUCAAAUUCAGAUUUACUUUACUCUUAUAGUUUGUACACAUCAGAGAAAACGCAGCAGACAUUCAGUCUGAAUCCUAACAAUGGUGAAAUCAGAGUGAAAGAAAUGAUUAAUUAUGAGGAUUUCAGGAUCUAUGAUAUGGAAAUUAUAGCAACAGAUAAAGGAACUAAUAGUCUUUCUGGAAAGUGCAAAGUAAAGGUAUUAAUCACAGAUAUGAAUGACAAUCAUCCUGAAAUUUCAAUAAAAUCUUUCUCAAGUCCAGUUAAAGAAGAUGUAGCUGUAAAUACAGUAAUUGCAGUUGUUAGUGUGAGUGAUAAAGACUCAGGAGAAAAUGGACAGGUAGAUAUUCAUAUUUCUGAUGAUUUACCUUUUGCGCUCAAAGAAUCAUCUGAUAAUUAUUAUGAAUUAUUAGUUUCAGAACCAUUAGACCGUGAAAGGGUUCCAGAAUAUGACAUCACUAUUACCGUGACUGACAGGGGCAACCCGCCGUUUUCUGAUAAUGAAACUAUAACUUUAGAGCUUCUGGACGUUAAUGACAAUGUUCCUCAGUUCCCACAGACAUUCUACACGAUACCUGUUAUGGAGAAUAACGCGCCUGGAGCUUCACUGAACUCUCUAACUGCUAUAGAUCCAGAUCUCCACGAAAAUCAGUAUCUAGUUUAUUUCAUAAUAGAGAAGGAAAUAGCGAACACCUCCAUGUCCAUGCUGUUCUCCAUUAACCCAGAGAACGGCAAUCUUUACGCGCUAAAGACGUUUGACUAUGAGAUAGAGAAGGAGUUUCUUUUCCACAUCGAGGCCAGAGACUCUGGUGUUCCUCCGCUCAGCAGUAACGUGACCGUUCACAUUAUUAUCAUGGAUCAGAACGACAACACACCGCUUAUAGUGUCUCCGUGGCGCGCGCACGGCUCGGAGGUGAAGGAAAAGAUCCCGAGAUCCACCGAUAAAGGAACUCUGAUAGCCAAAGUCAUCGCCAUAGACUCUGAUUCAGUGCACAACUCUCGAAUCACGUACCAGUUCCUCCAGAACACGGACGCCACAUUAUUCAGCUUGGAUCAAUACAACGGAGAGAUCCGGACCAUGAGAAUGUUCAGUUACAGAGACUCGCGAGACCAGCGGCUGGUGGUGAUCGCCAAGGACAACGGAGAGCCCGCGCUCUCUGCUACAGUCACCAUCAAACUGUCCACGGUGGAGACCGCCCUUAAAACCUACACUGAGGUGCCUCUGGAAUAUGACAUCUUCUCCGAUUUGAACCUGUAUCUGGUGAUCGGACUGGGCUCUGUGUCAUUUCUUUUACUCAUCACUAUACUGGUCACCAUCGUGCUGAAGUGUCAGAAAGCGAAGCCCAGCAAAGCGGCUCCUCCGUGCAGGAACAGUGUGAUCAGCGAGAGGAACUCGACCAUCGCGGAUUCCACUCUGGUCUCCAACGAUGCCUACUGGUACAGUUUAUUUCUAGCAGAGACGAGGAAAGGGAAGCUGGUGGUCAGACAGCCUGUGCCAAAGGGAGCGAGAUACAUCGUGUCCAGUAUACCGAGGAGCACAGGACUGACCGAGACCAGCGACUCUGCUGCAUCUACUCUACAGGUAAGCAAUGGCACAUAGUGAAUUGAAAAGGUCAAUUAAAAAAUAUAGAGUUUUCCCCAGUGAAGUAAGUUCAACUUUACGCAUGCGCAUUUGCUUCUAUUUGCUUGUACUUGCCAAUAAAUGUAUACUCGGCAGGUAGAUAAGAAAUAUUUAUCAUCACUUUUGC